CUAUUUCUCUAGGAUUUGACUGUCAGUAAAUAUUCUAUUAAGAAUCUGUACAAUUUGGUACAAAAAUGACUACUCCCAAAGAUGUCCUGAGAAAAAAUUUAAAGAUGGUUCAUGGCUAUCCCAUGAUCUAUGCUUUUGUGGACAACUGGGAAAGGAUUGAACAGUUCCACAGCAGGCCAGAUGACAUUGUGAUAGCCACUUACCCCAAAUCAGGUACCACUUGGGUAAGUGAAAUUGUGGACAUGAUUUUAAAUGAAGGAGAUGUUGAAAAAUGUAAGCGAGACUUUAUAAAUGUGAAAGUUCCAAUGUUGGAAGUGGCUGUCCCUGGACUAAGAAUAUCAGGAGUAGAACAAUUAGAGAAGAAUCCAUCACCCCGGCUUGUGAAGACACAUCUGCCGAUUGAUCUCCUUCCUGAGUCUUUUUGGAAGAACAACUGCAAGAUGAUUUAUCUGGCUCGAAAUGCCAAGGAUGUUGCAGUCUCAUAUUACCAUUUUGACUUAAUGAAUAAUUUGCAACCUCUUCCUGGCACCUGGGAUGAAUAUCUAGAGAGAUUCAUGGCUGGAAAUGUGGCCUAUGGUUCCUGGUUUAAUCAUGUUAAGAGCUGGUGGAAGAAAAAAGAAGAACACCCAAUACUUUUCUUGCACUAUGAAGAUAUGAAAGAGAAUCCAAUGAAGGAAAUCAAGAAGAUUGCUACAUUUCUAGAGAAAAACCUAAAUGAUGAGAUCUUGAAUAAGAUCAUCUAUCACACCUCAUUUGGAAUGAUGAAGGACAACCCUCUGGUGAAUUAUACACAUAUACCAAGUACAGUGAUGGAUCAGAGUAAAUCCCCAUUUAUGCGCAAAGGGAUUGCAGGUGACUGGAAGAAUUACUUCACAGUGGCCCAAAAUGAGAAAUUCGAUGCCAUUUAUAGGAAGGAAAUGUCUGGAAGUACUCUUCAGUUCCGCACAGAGCUUUGAAGAGUGUACACUGCAAAUCUGAAUGAACUGACCUGUAAUUUGUUGAAACAAGGGUAGUUGUGAUUUGAUGUGGGCAAUCAAAUGGGGUUUAAAAGGAACAA